AAAUUGUUUUCAUGGUUAUGUUGGUUAUGCUAUGAAAUGAAUAAAUUUUAUUUUGAUAUGAAAGAAUUUUAAAAGAAAUGUCUCUGAAAGAUAUACAAAACUACAUUAUUAUCAAAGAGUGGAAAAUAAUUUUUUUGUAUUCCUAGUAUGUAAAGUACUCAGCUGUGUCUGAACUUACAUGUCUUCUGGCAACGAGCAAUACAGAUAAAAUGGUCACUGCCUUAGGAUUCGAAGGAAGCGCCAAUAAAUUAGGUAUUGGUAUUGUUAGCAAUGGCAAAAUUUUAUCAAAUUGCAGAAGAACCUACAUAACCCCACCUGGGGAGGGAUUCCUUCCAAAAGAGACAGCUCAGCAUCAUAAGGAACACAUACUUCAAGUUUUAAAGGAAGCCAUUGAGCAAUCUGGUCUAAAACCAGAGGAUAUUGAUGUCAUUUGUUAUACAAAAGGGCCAGGUAUGGGGGCUCCUUUAGCCACAGUCGCUGUUGUGGCUAGAACUGUAGCCCAACUCUGGAACAAGCCAAUACUAGGAGUUAAUCAUUGUAUCGGUCAUAUUGAAAUGGGCCGGCUGAUAACAGGAGCACAAAAUCCGACAGUCCUCUAUGUUAGUGGUGGUAACACCCAAAUCAUUGCCUAUUCAAGGAAACGGUACAGAAUAUUUGGUGAAACGAUAGAUAUAGCUGUAGGAAAUUGCUUGGAUAGAUUUGCUAGAGUGCUGAAAAUAUCGAACGAUCCUAGUCCAGGCUUUAAUAUAGAGCAGUUAGCAAAAAAAGGGGAAAAGUUUGUGACACUUCCUUAUUGUGUCAAAGGAAUGGAUGUUAGCUUUUCAGGGAUCUUGACUUAUAUGGAAGAAAAAACUAACGAACUCCUAGGUGCAGGCUACUCAAAGGAAGACCUAUGUUUUUCUUUGCAGGAAACAAUAUUCGCCAUGUUGGUCGAAACAACGGAGAGAGCAUUAGCUCACUGCAACUCAAGGGAAGUACUUUUAGUUGGGGGUGUGGGUUGCAACUUAAGAUUACAAGAGAUGAUGGGAAUAAUGUGCCAAGAAAGAGGAGCCAAGUUAUAUGCUACAGACGAAAGGUUUUGCAUUGAUAACGGGGUAAUGAUUGCCCAUGCAGGAGCCGAAAUGUUCAAGACAGGGGUUCGAAUGGCCUGGGAGGAUGCUACCAUCACCCAAAGGUAUAGGACUGAUGAAGUGGAAACUGUGUGGAGGGACGACUAGAUUUUAUAUUUUUUAAUAAAUGAAUGACAAAUAAAGCUGGCUUUUUACUUUCA